GACGUCAUCUACACAGCAGCGAGCAGGGCUGGUCCAGCGCGCGUGUGUACAAAACGGACUUAAGCUAGAGCAUCAGCAAGGACACUGACCCACACAGGACACCUCUUCUCCACUUCACUGAAAACAUACGUGCAACAUGGGCAACGUCCAACCAACCAUUACCCCCUUUGAGGAGUUUGAUGUUGGGGCCGAUAUCAAGGCCAUUCGCAAAGCCUGCAAAGGUUUGGGGACAGAUGAGGAGGCCAUCAUUGAGAUCUUGGCCAAUCGUUCGUCAGCACAGCGCUUGGAAAUCAAACAAGCAUAUUUUGAAAAAUAUGACGAUGAGUUGGAGGAGGUCUUAAAGAAGGAGCUGACUGGUAGUUUUGAGAAGGCCAUCGUGGCCAUGCUAGAUCCACCAAACAUCUACUACGCCAAGGAGCUCAGGAAGGCAGUGAAAGGGGCGGGCACUGACGAGGCCGUCCUGGUGGAGAUCCUGUGCACCAGCACCAAUCAGGAGAUCCUGAGCUGCGUUGAGGCCUAUGCUCAGGUGAACGAACGUGACAUGGAGGCUGACAUUGAGGAUGACACCAGUGGAGACGUCAAACAUCUUUUGAUCUCCUUACUGCAGGCCAACAGGGAUGAGGGCUUUGAGGUGGACGAGGGACUGGCCGAACAGGACGCGACUGCUCUGUUUGAGGCAGGCGAGGGUCGCUUUGGGACGGACGAGUCGACCUUCAGUUACAUUCUGACCCACAGGAACUACCUGCAGCUUCAGGCCACCUUUAAAGUCUAUGAGCAGCUCUCUGGGACGGACAUCCUGGAUGCCAUCGACGAUGAGGUCACUGGGACUUUAAAGGAUUGUUACAUCACCCUGGUGCGGUGUGCCAAAAACCCCCAGCUCUUCUUUGCCCGUCGCCUGAACGCUGCCAUGAAAGGGGUGGGCACUGACGAGGACACGCUCAUCCGCAUUAUUGUCGGUCGCUCCGAGUUUGACCUGGAAACCAUUAAGGAGAUGUACCUGGAGAAGUAUGAUGUUCCUCUGAAAGACGCUCUAAGCUCUGAGUGUGGAGGGGACUUCAAGCGCCUUCUGCUAGAAAUUCUGCACUAAAGACAAAGACCUUGUCUUUUCAUGCUACUAUUCCUGCCCCCCCAUCUCUUUUUUGUUCUUCCUUUUACAAUAACACCUUUUGUCUCCUUCUAGUUCUCUUUCUUCUCCACCUGGCUCACCUUCUUCACCCUUUCCUGAAGGUUCCUCUUCUGCGUCGUCUCUUUUUAGUAGUGAGCCACUCUGACUGCAGCACAGACCAAAAACCAACUUAACCGUUAUGUGUUUCUAACUCAGAUGAAUUGUACAACGUUAACUUUUACAUCCAGUUGUUAUGAACCCAGUGUUGCCAGACAGGCAAGGCAGGACGUUGGAUAAGUAGAAGCUCAUCUUUGAUAAUGCUUGUAUGACUUUUAUCACACUUUUCCUCACACAGUUUGAUAUCGUUCUUGUUCUGGCUUCUUAAAUGCAGAACGGAUUGAAUAAAAUUGUCAUAUUUGCUGCUCA